AUCUGCCAGCAGCUAUGAAGCUUUAAUAGCCUAUCUCUCGAGCGCGACGAGCGCGUGCUCACCUUUCAUCUAACGGAUUUUACGCGUCUGUCAUGUGAGGAAGUGAAGAAGACACGUAGCCCAGUGACACAUUCAGACGGACAGUGGACUACAGUCAUGACAGUGGAGAUAUUGCGGCAGUAACGCGCAAACAAUCACCAGAUAUCGAUAGAGAGGCAAAUGACGUCACCAAGAAGGCACGGUGGUGUUUUCAAGUAGCACGAGGAUUUUAACGCCACUCUUCGAAGAAGUUCGGUGAAAUGGCAAAGAAUAAACAAAAGGGGAAAAAACAGAAGAACGUCUUUCAAGUGGCAAACAAGCACUUGAAGAACAAGACCAAAGCGAAACCCGUCACAACAACACUCAAACAUAUCAAUACAGUGAAAAAGGAGAAAGUGGAGAGUCUAAAUCAAAUCUUCACAGAAGUCCAGAGGGAUGUUAAGAGCAUUUCAAAGUCAGUCGCUCCUGAACCAAAGAAACAAAUACAGGUUGUCAGAGAGCCACCAAAGGAAUCUGUAAAUAUCGACAAUGCCGCUCAACUCUUCUCUCAGCUAUAAUGGUAUAAAAAUAAGUGAUUACCACGAACAAAGAUGAUGGACUGAAUAUGCUCUCACAGCAUUUUGUCAUUUCUCUUCGAAAUGAGGACUACAGAUGAGCUGCCAAGAACCUGCUGCAUUGAUAUGGGAGUGAAAUCUCAUGUGCAACUCAAGGUUUUUGCGUAUUAUGUGCACAAAGAAAUCAAAUCCAAUUACAGAGUUGAACACUGUCAAUUGUAACGUUCUUUCGGAUUAUGCACCUUUGUGUAUUUUAUUAAUAUCUUUUAGACUUAUACACGUUAUUGUCAUUAUUGAUUCUCAGAAAAUGCUUACGUUAGAGCAGAUUCAAACUGUAAUGUUAUAUAUGGCACGAACAAUAAGUUAAAUGAAACAAAAUAAAGUGUUGAUAUGUCAGAUGACUCAUCUUUUCAUUAACCGAUUCUCUUUAAAACUCUUUGUGUACCUUGCAGUCAUUUUUCAAUAAACUUUUCAAAAGAAUUCUCCCAACUACACGAAUUUCAUCCUGCCCUCUUUGAUUUUUGUUUUUCUUUGUAUUUCAAGGUUUCAACCCCCUUUGACAUGUUUUGGUGUCUCAUUUAGCACAAAUGAAGACACAGAGGAGAUCACUGUGACUUCUAUUUGUGAAGAUGGAAAUGCUCGCCUCUGAGUUUCGGUACGAGGCGUUCUUAUAUAAAAUGUGACCUGCCAAAUUUAGUGCUCCAGUGCGAGUAAGGCCUAUGUGUUUUUAUUCGUUUAGAAUGACUUAAAAAUAAGAAUAUUUGUGCUUUUGCUGCCCUUGAAAACCAUUUUUAUAUCUUAUAUCGAAUUAGAUGAAAAACUGAAAAAUCCAAUUCGAAAGUUUUAUUUUAUCUCACGUUGGAAGGUGAGAGUGAUAUACAUUAUCAAAACUUGCAUUCCCUAUAGUCCUUUAGUUUUAAUUUGCAAUCUUUUAAGAAAUACAGUACUGUGGAAGAAUCUGGAGACUUUUCUGAUUAUUUCUUGAUGUUUUGGUUCUAGGCAGCCAGAUUUUCUUGUAACUGUUUGUAAAAUGGUCUUGAGCAGUACUCCAGGGUUUCUGAACGUCUUUCAAAGUUUUUGCUUUGGAGCUUGGACCUCACCAUCAUUGAAGCAGUCUGGGAUCAUCUUGACAGAACAGAACAAAAGGCAGCCAACAUUCAAAGAAUUUUGGAUUGUCCUUCAAAAAUCCCAAAGAACUAUUCCUGAAGAUUACUUCAAGAAAUUACAGAAAAG